GCUUGUACAAAGUGCAGAUCACCACUGCUGGAGAGAAAACAACAUCUACUAACAUCUACCACUGCUGCCCAUCAUGAUGGAUUCCUCACUGAAAAGCAACCUUGAGAGGCUGGAGUGCCACUUCACAUGGGAUCUGGGGCAAAAUCGAAAUGAGCUUCUAAAGAUGAAGAGAAACAUGGAGGAUGUGGACCAGGAAACGUGCACUUGGCCGGUUCACUAUUACAACCUGCUGGGCUACAUCCAUCAGGCUCUUGGCUCCAGCACAGAGGCGCUGAUGAACCUGGACAAAGCAGAAAGUGUGAUCCAGGGGCAGGGAACAGAAGAGGCUGGAGUUCGGCUGCAGGUCAACAAAGCUAACCUGGCUUGGGUCUACUUCCAUUUGGGAGAGAUGGAGAAGAGCAAAGAAUAUCUAGAAGAGGUGGAAAGGCUUCAGCAAAUGCAUCCUGCUCCACCUGAAUGCACUUUACACCCUGAAGUCAGUGGAGAAAAGGGCUGGACGCUGGUGAAGUUUGACUUGUCAAAGAAGCACCAGGCGAUUGAUUGCUUUAAAAUGGCUUUAAAAGCACAACCAGAUAAGAAGGAAUGGCACAAAGGACUUGCCAUGGUGAUGAACAUGGAAUUUGCACAGUCUCAAUUCACUCCAGAACAGAUUGUAGAGCAACUGAAAAUCGCACAUGAGAAAGACCCGAAUAGUUUGCUCCUUCAUGCUCAUUACUUACUAAAACUAUCUGAUCAGGAAAAUGUGUCAUCAAAAAACAUUGAAAGGGAGAUGCAAGAUUUGCUAGAAAGAACUCUUGAAACUGGAAACCUGGAGGGUUUGCACAUUAUUCUCAGGUAUUAUAGUAAAGAGAUUUCUUAUGAUAAAGCUGUUCAAAUAGCAGAGAGAGUUCAAGAAAAGUUCCCCUCUUCAGGUUUAGCAUCAAAACUUUUGGCAAACAGCUACAAAUGGAAGGUUUACAAAAUGGAAGGCAGUGAGGAAAAGAAGAUUUUUGCUAGGAAAGCCAUUAAGCUCUAUGAGGAGGCUGUCAGACAUAACCCUCACUCAUACAAAGCAAAGAUAGCCCUUGCAUCAAUGUACAGAUAUGUAAACAACAUGAAUAGAUCAGAUGAGAUUUACCAGCAGCUCCUGUCAGAGAUAAAGGAUCUUUCUCCUAAUAGGCAACAGCAUAUUUACUACAAUUAUGCCUAUCAUCUACGUGACUGUGGACAGUAUGAUGAAUCAAUCAAAUAUCACAUGAAAGUAGCAAAAAUCCCAAGUGAUUCAGUUGACAAACAGAAGAGCAUAAAUUUUCUUCAAAAAACUGUGAGAAAAGGUAAAAGCCGUCACUGUGAGGAAAUUCUGCUUAUUCUGAGAAAUAAUAUUUCUAAUUAAAAUGUCAUACUUCAUCAAACAAACAAACAAACAAACAAACAAAAUCCUUCCAUUUGUAUAAAUUUGCCACAAUUCUGAAAAUUUUAGUGGAGGUGGGAAAAUUUUCUCCCUCUUGAAAACCAUUCUGAAUCUUCUAUAAAACCAAAAAAUACCAGGCUUUUUUUGACAAGUUUCAAUCUUCAUUGGGUCUUUCAAUAAAAUUUACCUUGUUUUCGGCCUGCACCUCAAGACAUUUUUGGCAUAUAAAGGGACUGAAUAUAUUUGAUUCUGUAAUUUUGAUUACAACAAGUAACAUUUAAAGCAUGUGAUAUUGAUAAUGUUGUGUGGGCUUGACCUACUGUAAUUUGAUUGGUGAUUUUUGCCUAUGAAAUCCAUUGAGCUGUUUGAGAAGUUUGUCAGACAUUACCUGAAUCUUUUACAUGAAAGAAAUCCCAAAAAGGACAGAUCACAAACAAAGAGUAUAAGUCUUUAAAAGUAUUAUGAGGAGGGGCAGAGACCCUCGCUGCAGCAUUUUCUGGAGGGAAUUAAGACUUCUGAUUAUAAUGUGCACUAACGCAACAGUCAACUUAUAAACAAUGUCCCAAAAUCAUACAAAAAUCAUUAUUGGAGGGUGUUCUCUUUAAAUUUCACACUAUGCAUAAUAAUGAAGAAAUGGUGAAGAAAAUUAAGAAAAACAUAUAAAGGGAACAAAUAUCUUAAUUCCCCAAAUAGUGUAUGUUAUAUUUUGUUAUGCUAAUGGACUGUAGCUUCCACAGUACCUGUUCAUUGUUUCCACUGAGAUAAAACUACACUUUAGUGUACUGUAUAACACUUCUUGGAGCUGGAUCAUGUGCUUAUUGCUUCUGAUUAUAACUAUAUUGUUCACAGAAAACACAUUCACAAGUGCUUUUCUUUGAGACUUUCAUUUCUGAAAUGUGGAUAUAUAGAGGUGUUGCUUAAAGUACAUGUUUCUGUUUCAAAUACAAUAAUAAACAUUUAAUUAUAAAACACUGUUUUCACUGUUUUCUAAUCUUGUUGAUUAGGUUUUGACCUGCUCAGACCUGACCUGUUUGACCUGUUGAUUUUGUAACUUUGUUUUCAGUGUGCAGUAACAUAAAAAUAAACACCCUUUUCUCACAA